AAUGUUUGCCUCCAACUUUUAGAAGUUCGUUGACUAACAGUCAACCCAUAUGUUGUUAUGUUAAUUCUCUAAGAAUAUUAUCAUUUUAUUUGGAAGAUUUUAGGUCACAACAGCACCAUCAUGGGAUCAAUGGAAGUGUACAACACAUCCUCUUCCUCUGCAGACUUCACCUUCCUGGGACUGUUCAACAGGAAGGACAUCUCAGGUGUUCUUUUUUCCAUUAUCUCUGUCAUCUUUUUCAUUGCAUUGAUGGCCAAUGGGAUCAUGAUCUUCCUGAUUCGCACUGAUUCACGACUUCACACUCCCAUGUACUUCCUGCUUAGCCACCUCUCCUUCAUUGACAUGAUGUACAUCUCCACCAUUGUGCCCAAGAUGUUGGUUGAUUACCUGCUGGGUCAAAGAACCAUCUCCUUUAUGGGGUGCACAGCUCAGCAUUUCCUCUACCUCACCCUCGUGGGAGCCGAGUUCUUCCUGUUGGGCCUCAUGGCCUAUGACCGCUAUGUGGCCAUCUGCAACCCUCUUCGCUAUCCUGUUCUUAUGAGCCGCCGGGUCUGCUGGAUGAUCAUAGCAGGUUCCUGGUUUGGGGGCUCUCUGGAUGGCUUCCUUCUAACUCCCAUCACCAUGAGCUUUCCUUUCUGCAACUCCCGGGAAAUUAACCAUUUCUUCUGUGAGGCACCUGCAGUCCUGCGAUUGGCAUGUGCAGACACAGUCCUCUAUGAGACAGUAAUGUAUGUGUGCUGUGUUCUGAUGCUGCUGAUUCCUUUCUCUGUAGUGAUUGCUUCUUAUGCCCGAAUCCUGACCACAGUCCACCACAUGAGUUCAGUGGAGGGAAGGAAGAAGGCAUUUGCCACCUGCUCGUCUCACAUGACAGUGGUGACCUUGUUCUAUGGGGCUGCCAUGUACACCUACAUGCUUCCACACUCUUACCACAGGCCAGCCCAGGACAAAGUCUUUUCUGUGUUCUACACAAUCCUUACACCAAUGCUAAAUCCACUCAUAUACAGUCUGAGGAACAAGGACGUGACUGGAGCUCUUAAGAGGGCACUAGGCAGGUUCAAGGGUACACAAAGAGUGUCAGGAGAAGUGUUUUGA